AUGUUACCAGCAUUAAAAGGUUGCUUUUACGGGAUAAAGCAAGGAUUAAUCAUCUCCAUCGACGAGGGAAAUCGUCUUGAACAAAAUUUGCAAUCAUACUAUCAUGCAAGAAUUAAGUUUUGCAUGACCGAAAGCUCAAGUGCGAAAAAACGAAUUCUACCGCCAGAGAAUUUGUACAGACGUGAUGGUAUACGAUAA